AUGUCUUCGUCAAAAGACCCAUUUGAUGAGUCUGUUAGUGAUUUACGUGAGUUAGUUGCCAAGGCGAAAAGUAUAGAAGAGUCAGUGAGGGAAAAAGGUUUAGUUGAACGUGAUAUUCUAGCAGAGGUGAAGCGAAUCCUCGAUGCAGCCGAUGAAGAACUGGAACUGCUUAAAAGUGUUUUGCAAGUUAUUGAGCAACGUAAUGGUAAAGUCGGAGACCACGUUUUUUCUGUAAAUGAAGUUAUUAGACGCCAAAGGGUUGUUCGUGACCUUGAAACGGAGUUGAAAGAAAUUCAUACAUUUCGUGAUGAUCUGGAGGCACGAGUACGAGAUGUAGAGAAGAAGAAUCAAGUUAUUAGUUCUUCAACCAAUAGUGGUAGUAAUGGUUUUCUUUUGGAGCAGGAACUUGCCCAAAAAGAAGAAUAUAUGCAGCAAGAUAUUGUUUUAGAUAGACUUUCCUAUGGUCUUCAAGAGUUACGAGAAACUGGAAUAAAUGUAAAUGAUGAGCUACAACAUCAAGAGGUUUUACUUGAAGAAGCUCAGAGAGAAGUUGAGGGUGUCCAGGCACGCUUACGUGCCGUGAACGCCAAAGUGGACAAAUUGCUUGGAAGUAUGUCAAACAGAAAUAAAAUUUGUACGAUUGUAUGUCUGGUAUUAACCUUAUUGUUUCUUGUAUUUGUAGUCCUUGCGUAA